AUGACAUGGCAAAAUUAUGUGAUACCAGUAAUCGGCAAUUUUAUCAUUUUAGGGUCCUGUUUCCUGCUUGGAUACUAUCAAUUUUCGUUUGGAUGGAUCUUGAUUCUUGUCGUUUUGCAUGGUUUGAAAUCUUACAUGUGGCGACAGCGCGAGAAACGACUCUUAGGUUUAAGACAGGCCGCUCUGAAGGAACAAGAGGUUAUAUUAGCACAGCUGCAGGAUCUUCCAGCUUGGGUUCAAUUUCCGGACACUGAACGAGUCGAGUGGCUUAAUAAAGUUAUAUUUCAACUUUGGCCAUACAUUACCGAAUAUGCCAAGCACUUUAUGCGUGAACACAUCGAACCUGAGGUUAAAUUGCAGCUGCCAGCUAUCUUCAAGUCAUUCAAAUUUACAAAAAUGGAUAUGGGUGAUAUCCCUUGUCGUGUCGGUGGCAUCAAAGUUUAUACACAUAAUGUUGGUCGAGAUCGCAUUAUAGUUGACAUGGACAUCGCUUAUGCUGGAGACGCCGACUUUAGUGUUAGUGUUGCAGGUUUCACUGGCGGUUUAAAUCAGCUACAGUUUUCUGGAAAGUUAAGAGCUGUCUUGAAGCCGUUAUUACCACACCCACCAAUGGUUGGCGGCGUUUCUGGAUUCUUCUUAGAAGAACCGAAAAUCGAUUUCAAUUUGACUGGCAUGGGUGAAUUUGUGGAAGUGCCUGGUUUGUUAAAUGCAAUUCGUGCAAUAAUUAAUUCUCAGGUCUCGGCUUUAUGUGUGAUUCCGAAUGAAAUUGUUAUUCCUUUGGCUCCAAAUGUCGAUCUCACGAAGUUGCGCUUAGCAGAUCCUGAUGGUGUACUUCGUUUGAAAAUUGUCGAAGCUAAAAAUCUGGAAAAUAGAGAUAUAAAAUUCACAAAGAAUAUGGCAAGUGAUCCAUAUUGCCAGAUACAAGUUGGUUCGCAGUUCUACAGAACCAAAACGAUUGAUAAUGAUCUGAAUCCAGUUUGGAAUGAAUGUUUUGAAUUUGUUGUUGAUCAAGCUAAUGGACAAAAAUUGCGUAUAGAAUUGUUUGAUUAUGAUAAAGCAAGCAGUGAUGAAGAAUUGGGAAGAUUAACAAUCGAUCUAAAUAAUGUCAAAGAAAAAAGAAAUCUUGAUGAUUGGUUUCCAUUAGAUGCAUGUAAACAUGGCGACAUACACAUUCAGGCUGCUUGGAUAAAUUUGUCAUCUUCACCUCUCGAUCUUACUUGUCAGGAAUUUGGAAGCUCUUGGUUCAAUACUGAUAAACCAGUUCAUUCUGCAUUGCUUAUGAUCUUUAUUGAUAGUGUAUCUGAUUUGCCGUAUCCAAAAGCAAAAUUGGAACCGUCGCCUUAUAUUAUGGUAAAUCUUGGCAAAGAUUUCCAGCAAACGCCAAUAAAAAGAAAAACUGUUAAUCCAUUAUUCCAGAGCAAGAUUAUGUUUUUUAUUCGUCAUCCCGAAAGACAGGAACUGAAAUUCGAGGCUAUUGAUCAUGCAACAAAACGCUCCCUCGGUGAAUUGGUUUUGCCUUUGAAGACAAUUUUGCAAGAACCAAAUUUGGAGUUUUUUGAACAAACUUUCCCAUUAACACAAGGAGUUCAUCAAAGUUCAAUGGUUAUCACAGCGCGCAUCAGGGCUUUGGUUACCGAUCAGCAGGAAAGGAAUUUUGCUUCUGAAGGUAAUAGAGAAGCAAUUUAUGGCAAUGAAGUGUUCAUUGAGAGAGCUGAAAAAUUAGCAACAGUUGAUGAAACUAAUAAACGAGGUCGAAAUUCCACGCAAUACGAGGUGAAUCCUCAAAAACCAAAUGAAACAAAUAGUAGCGGAAAAGCACUGAUCUUUGAUUCGAAAUUACCAAUCAACGAGCAGAUAAAAAUGCGAAGGAACAGCAGUGAAUCAGCUACAAGUGCAUAUAAACGUCGUCGUACUUUCGGUGAAAAAUUGUUCCUAAGGAAGCAUACGCAAGGCAAAGGAAAUCCCACUGGUCAAAAUGGUCGUUUGCAGUUUGGUCUUCAGCAUUUGAAAGAAUCAAAUAAGCUUAUAGUUCGGAUCAUUCGUGUAAUAGAAUUAUAUCCACUUGAUAGUCAGGGCUCUGCUGAUCCGUAUUUAACCGUACGUCUAACACCUUCGAACGAUAAGCGCGGUGGUGAAAAACGAAGAACAGCAAUAGUUAGGAAAUCUCUUGAUCCGCUUUUCGACAAUCAGUUCGAGUUUGAUCUGCACUUUAGCGACAUCGAGAAUCACAUGCUUAUCUUCACUGUAAAGGAUGCUACCAAUUAUGGACCCUUCAGCAAAGCUCCCGUUCUUGGAAUGGUGCAAGUAAGGUUAGAUAGUGUGGGAAUAACGGAAGAGUUCUCGAGCUUCUGGUAUGAUCUCAAAUGCAAUUGA